UAAAUAUUCCAAGUUACACCCUUCUUCUCCCACUUUAUAUAUAUCUUUCUCUCUCUCAAAUCAUCACAAACCGUUCUCAUUAAUUACAGUUCUUAUUCAAAGUUUGUAGCUUUAGCCAUGGACUGGUUCUCAUGGCUAUCCAACACUGGCCUGGAGCCAACACUAGUUUACGAGUACGGACUAGCUUUUGCUCACAACGAGCUUGAAGAAGAAGACAUAGUCUACUUCAAUCACGAGUUUCUUCAAAGCAUGGGGAUCUCCAUAGCCAAACACAGGCUAGAGAUCUUAAAGCUCGCUAGGAAAGAGAUGAAGUCCAGCAACGGACCACGCCCCAUGAUGAGGCUUCUGGUGGCGAUCAAGAGAACCAAGAGGUGUUUGGCUAAGUAUAUAAGGAUGUUGACGACUCAUAAAGAGGAGUCAGCUCUUAUGGUUGUCCCCAGGCCUACUUAUGGAACCAGAUUCAGAGGAGCUAUGUUGAAGAGGAAUAAGAAACUCAUGGCUGCCAAACAAGGAAGAUUGCUUCAGCUCACAAAUGGUUCUCCCAUGGUGGGGCCUGGGAUGACCAGAGUUGAGAGCUUUUCGAGUCCAGUUGUGUAUGAUCUUCGGAAGGAGGAGAAAAUGGAGGAAGAUCAAGAUGGUUAUUGGUCUACUGGAGUUGAAGAGAUCAGGUGGGAUACUAUGUUUCAGGACUUAAAACCUACAUGAAAAUUUUUUUGUCCUUAAAAAAAUUUGAAAAAUGACUUAUUUUUCAUUGUUUUGAUUUGCUGAUAAAGAUAAAAACUUGUUCUGAUGUUGAUUAAUUUAAUGGUGAGAGAUGGGUUUUUGUGUUCUUCCACCAUAGAUGUAGGUAUAUGGCUUUGUGUUUACAGUAAAACACUAUGUUUUCUUUUUUUCUUCUUCACUAGUGGUGGGUCAUGCAGAUUGCAGACCUUUACUAUAUUUUUCUUUUUAAUUUGUCUCUGUGAGUAAUUUAAUUUGAUUUUUAAA